CGCCAAACCACAGACAAAGUCAGAAUGUCUCACAGAAACAAGAGGACAGGUUCAACUCAUGUAGGCCCAAGUACACCCAGGGAAAGCAAUGCAAAGUAUUCCAGACCAUCUGAUCAGCAUCCAUCAGUGGUACCAUCAAGAUCUGCUGUCAGACAUCCUAGAGUUUCUACUUCAUCAAAACUUGUUGGCAGAAAUAACUGCUUGUCCUCCCAGUCUGAGGACUCUGUUACAGCCAUCAUUUCAGAAACUGAAGACUUACUGCCAGAUGAGAAAUGGGAUGAUUCCCUUUCCAAACCUCAUUUAGUUGCUAAAACAUCAAGCACUACUGCUAAAGUUGCAAUAACAGGAACAAGAAUGGGGAAUAAAAAACGAAAUAGUCAAAAUAUUAACAAGGGAAUUCAUGUCAAAUCUGGCAAAAUUGUAAAAGCCAGAAAUCGUUACAGUUUAACUGGCAGCUUAUUGAGUAAUGGCAGUUUGGAUAUACCUUCUACAGAAGAAGGUAUAACUGAUGGAAAAGAUAACUCAUUAUUACCAGAUAUGAAUAAGCCUUUGAAUAAAAGGAACAAAAGAGAUUGUACUUUAUCUUACACAGGUCUAGUCCCAUCGAAAGCAGAGGAUAUUCAUAGAGAAGUGGCAGGAUCUAAAUUAAAAUCAUGUGCAAUGGGUAAUCAUACAAAAUCAAAGCAAGAAAUACUUUCAGGGGCAAAUAAUAUUGCACAUAUUAUGGAUGAUGUCUUCUCAAGUUUGGAAAGUCAUACAGAGAAACAGAGCUCUCCCACAGAGAGUUCAAAUGUUAUGUUAUUAAACGGCGAACAUUCAGUUGCACCUACUUGCAGUGGUAGAUUAACUAGUGAUAGUUUGUUCUCAGAGGAAGGCUCCAUAUUUGAUUAUCUUCUGAAGUCAGGCACUCUUAAAGAUGAGAAUGUUGGUCUUUUAAACAGGGUGGGGAGAAAACAAAACCAUCAGGAUAAGAACAGAAAACAAAGUCUAGAAAAUAAAGAUGGAGGAGUUGUAACUGAAGAAAGUAAAUUAGAAAGAGACAUUGAUGAUCUGAGCUGGUGUAAAUUUGAUACACACAUAAGCUCUUCUGAGUCUGAAGAUAGAUCAGAGAGUUUGUUUUCAUAA